UGACACACUUCCGGCCUUUGUGACUCAUUGUGUCUGUGUCGAGGCGUCGGGAGGGCCUAGCUCCUUGUGCAGCGCCCUUCGGCCGGUCUGAGCCCCAGAGUCGGCUCCCCUUUCUCGCCCAGCGCCCCAAGGCCGCUCCCGGGGCUCACGGAAUCAUACAGAAACAGAUAUCAGAGAACAUUUUCAAGGACAGAAAGGACAGACUUUAUUUGGAUCAAGUCAGUUCUCUGAGCCUGAAUGAUGACUGCUGAAUCAAGGGAAGCUACUGGUCUGUCCCCCCAGGCUGCCCAAGAGAAGGAUGGUAUCGUAAUAGUGAAGGUAGAAGAGGAAGAUGAGGAGGAACACAUGUGGGGGCAGGAUUCCAGCCUGCAGGAGACUCCUCCUCCUGACCCAGAGAUCUUCCGCCAACGUUUCAGGCACUUCUGUUAUCAGAACACUUUUGGGCCUCGAGAGGCUCUGAGUCGACUGAAGGAACUUUGUCAUCAGUGGCUUCGACCAGAGAUAAACACCAAGGAGCAGAUUCUGGAGCUGCUGGUGCUAGAGCAAUUUCUUUCCAUCCUGCCCAAGGAGCUUCAAGCCUGGCUGCAGGAAUACCGUCCCGAUAGUGGGGAGGAGGCUGUGACCCUUCUGGAAGAUUUGGAGCUUGAUUUAUCAGGACAGCAGGUCCCAGGUCAAGUGCAUGGACCUGAGAUGCUCGCAAGGGGGAUGGUGCCUCUGGAUCCUAUUCAGGAGUCCUCGAGCUUUGACCUUCAUCAUGAGGCCACCCAGUCCCAUUUCAAGCAUUCAUCUCGGAAACCCCGCCUCUUACAAUCACGGGCUCUCCCUGCCACCCACGUUCCUGCCCCUCAUCACGAGGGGAGUCCCAGAGACCAAACAAUGGCUUCUGCACUAUUCACGGCAGAUUCCCAGGCGAUGGUGAAGAUCGAGGACAUGGCUGUGUCCCUCAUCCUGGAGGAGUGGGGAUGUCAGAACCUGGCUCGGAGGAAUCUCAAUAGGGACAACAGGCAGGAGAAUUAUGGGAACGUGUUUUCCCAGGGUUGUGAAAGCAGGAAUGAGAAUGAGGAGUCGACCUCCAAGGCUGAAAUCACAAAAGACUCAGCAUCACGUAGGGAGACAAGAGGAAGAAUCCAGAAAGAUUUUGGAGAAAAACAUGAACAGCAGGGCAGAACAGCAGAAAGGCAGCAGAAGAAUCCUGAGGAGAAAACUGGAAAAGAAAAGAAAGAUUCAGGGCCAGCUACAGCCAAGGAAAAAAAAACAACCACAGGAGAGAGAGGUCCCAGGGAGAAGGGUAAAGGAUUGGGAAGAAGCUUCAGUCUGAGCUCAAACUUUAACACCACUGAAGAAGUUCCAACAGGAACAAAGUCUCAUAGGUGUGAUGAAUGUGGUAAAUGCUUCACAAGGAGUUCAAGCCUUAUUCGCCAUAAAAUCAUCCACACUGGAGAAAAGCCCUAUGAAUGCAGUGAAUGUGGGAAAGCCUUCAGUCUGAACUCAAACCUUGUCCUGCAUCAGAGAAUCCACACAGGAGAGAAACCUCAUGAAUGUAAUGAGUGUGGCAAAGCCUUCAGUCAUAGUUCAAAUCUCAUUCUGCAUCAGCGAAUUCACUCUGGAGAGAAACCUUAUGAAUGUAACGAGUGUGGGAAGGCCUUCAGCCAGAGCUCAGACCUUACAAAACAUCAGAGAAUCCACACAGGGGAGAAACCCUAUGAAUGUAGCGAAUGUGGAAAAGCUUUCAACCGAAACUCAUACCUUAUUUUGCAUCGGCGAAUUCACACCCGAGAAAAGCCCUAUAAGUGCACUAAGUGUGGCAAGGCCUUCACCCGGAGCUCGACUCUCACUCUGCAUCACAGAAUCCAUACCAGAGAGCGAGCCUCUGAGUACAGUCCAGCUUCUCUUGAUGCGUUUGGAGCAUUCCUGAAAAGCUGUGUGUAAAGUGAGAAUUUGCUGACAAGCCAUUUCCCCCUUUUGUUUCUAAAUUUAUUUCAAAGAUGUGUGCUCAUGGAAGGGAAUAAACAUCCUCAACAGAUUUAAAAACACACACAUACUUUUUAAGGAUCCUUAUAGUUAGAUUAGCAGUGUUCUACCUUUGCAUAGUCUGUGGGCAUAUAAUUCUUCCAUACAGCCCCUGUAGGGAAAAGCUAGUCAUAUGGAUAAGCUACAUGAUAUUUCCUUAAGAGAUAAAAGCACACACAGCAAAAUGUCACACUUUUCAGUAAUGAGGAUACCUUUAAGGCGCUAUUAGACUCUCAGCAACCAUGAUACAGAAUUGAAAGAUUAAAAAUGGCUCUCUAAAAAUGAUCCUUAGGUUAAAAGCUUCUUGCUGCAAUCAAGCCCUGGUUGGCCAACAUCUUGCUGUACCUUCUUUCUCAAAAAAAGAGGGAUAGUUAAAACAAAAACUACAUUGGGACCUGCUGCUUGAACUAGUUAUAUAUAUAAGAUAUAUAUGAACACUGGUAGCCUACCAAAGCUAUAGAAAUCUAGGACUGUGCUGAUCAGUAUCAAACCAAAGAUUUCUAUCUCUUCAUGAAAGAGAGGGUAUGUGCACCAGUCUCCAGUUCCAAAGGACUGCCACAAAUGUAGAUGGUUUUAUCCUCAUCUAUGAGAUAAAUUCUACUGAAAUGGCAACAAUGAUUCAAAAUACUUCUCUCCCUUCUGGAAGAAAUCCCUAAAGCACUAAUCACACUCUGAAAUGCAUUUCUCCACAAGUUAGCACUUGAUUAUAUACCGUCUUGUAAUCUUUUAUUGUUUCAUGUAUGAAAUUUUUCAUUACCCCCCAAAAGAGAUGCUUUGACAAGGGAUAUAUUUAUAUCCUUACAGCACUGGGCACAGUGCUGAACACAUAAGGAGCACUCAUUAUGCCUGACUUCUAACAGGACUUUUGCACUUAUGAUAAAGCCCUGUGAAUCAUGAGUACCUGAAAUAUGGUAGCCUGGCCCAGCUUUUGAAGAGGACAUUCAGAGCCUGAGGCAUGCUAAAGCUCCAGGGUCUUAAGCUAUUUGUAUCCUAAACAAAAGAAAGGCGCCAUUUAGCCACCUGUGUAGACUUUCUAAACAUGGAUUAGUGAGUAAAUACCAUGGAAUGUCAGAAAUGACUCCAUUAUCUCAUCUUAAGAAAAAGACAAAAACUUACUAAGGCCAUUUUUUGACAUCUUUUUAUGACAAAGAUCUUAGCCAGUAUUUUCUUCAGUCAGCUGCUGAACAACCUGAUGAUUUGGGCACUUUCUGAAUCAUUUGUAACUUUAAAUAAUAGUUCAGACUAUGUAUUUUUUGUUGCUUUUCAGAAAAAGGAAGAUGUAGGAAGCAUUUUCUCCCACACUUUCCAGAAACUUCACAAAAGCAUUUGACAUCAUUAGCUGGCCAUUACUAAAUGUGUUAGUUGCUCUGAGAAGUUCACCAAAUUGCUAAGAUUUGGUUGGUUGUAUCAGAGUUGUACUACAGUGUCUUUUCUCUCUCAUCACUAAAGACUGAGGUGGGGUUAUAAAAUUUGGAUCUUUUCUAUCUGCGAAAGAAGAUGCAAUUGGCUGCUUGGGAGCCAAUGCCAGAGACUUCAGAUACAAUACAAGAAACCCAAGUAUCGGGGGGCUACUACAUAGGUAGUCAUCAGGGACUCAGGUAAAGAUGACUGCUCAUGAGAGCAUGCAAAAAAUUGUAAGCUCUACAGAAACUUAAGACACAGAAUAAGAACACACUAUCCUCGUAACAGGAGACCCCCAAUAGAGAUUGAGAUUUUCAUCAAGAAACAAAACUAAGACACAUCAUUUUGGUAAUCAGCAACUCGAGCCCAUGAGACAGCAUGGUUUUAUGGGGAGCCAAUGAGGUGGGGGCAGCUAUGGCCUCAGCUCCAGACCAAACUAAAAUCUGCAUAGCAGUAAUUCUUUCGCCUCUCUAUACCUUGGACCAACCACAGUUUCUCUGUAGUUUCUAAGCAGUUUCAUCAGUGUUGCCUGGGAAACUUCAAAGAAGUCAGCUGGUGACAAGAAUAUUUCUAUCCAUUCAACUUAAGAAAAAAUAGAAAAGAUAACUCCAGAAACGUAUACCUGAGGAACGUUUUAUAGUAAAGUGAAAGUAGAAGAAAUGCUUCUAGGAUUUUCUUCACAAUGAACCACAGUGAUGGUUGCAUAGAAAACCGCAGGUGCUUUUGAGCAAAGACUUGCUGCUGGGAAGCAGCUGAAAGCAGUGAGCUGCUUACCUCCAGAUACUGAUCAAAGCACUGACUACUCUUUAGAGGGAAUGAACUUUGAUUGGUUCUUCAUUGGCUUUUUUUAUUAGCCAGAACUACGUGCUGACAUAACUCAGCCAUGUUUUUUAAUGAAAAUUAAAGUAACCUGUGCCCCCACAUUUAAUUCCCGUUUUUCUGGGACAUUGACUGUGUGGGCAGCCACUGUGGUUGCUCCAGAUCUUCAGCAGACACACGCCUUGAAGCAGCUGCUUAAAGAUGUUUCCUAAAGAAAACAGGCUACAGCUGGUGGUUAAAACCAUUUGCAUUGCAUUCAUCAGCUGCUCAAAGCAAAUUGCAAUUGGCGUAUGGUCAAAAACGCUUACAACAUCUAAUAAGUGUUCAGGAUAGUCAUUCAGAAUUCUUGACUGGGUGAAGCCUGUUAAUAGUUUAAACAGUAGCAUGUAAGUUGACCUAUUGGAAGUUUUUGAAGGGCUUCUUAAAACAAUACCUUAACUUUGCCAGGAAAAGAAGUAAAGUUCUUCAAGUCGUGGGGUAUUUGUUUCUACUCUGGCCUGGCAGGCAAGGCAAAAGCCUGAGAAUAGAGAUGUAUGAGGCAUCUUGUUGAAUGCACUUAGUAUUUUAUUAAAGGCAUACAAGUGAAACUAUGCUAAAUAUGUACAGAGAGGUUAAUAUGUUUGUUAUGUGAGACAAUUCAUAUCUUAUGUACAUCAGAGAAUUCAUUCCAGAAGGAAACCUCUUGAAUGUGAUAAUAUGGCAAAGCCUAUAAUCACAUUUCAGCCCUUAGCAUCAGAAAGCUUACACUGUAAAUAAACUUUAUUAAUAUUAUAUGUGAGGAAAUCUUUCAUGUAUAGCACUCAUUGCUUUGGACAGAAAAUGAAUUCCAUCAGUAUGUUCCAAUUGUAAUGAAUUUCAGGAACACUGCAGAGGACACUCAAUCUUAACUCCAGAGGAUCCACAGAAGAAAAAAAUGUGGGGAAAUAGCAAAAUGUACAACUUCUUACAAAAAUUGUCAGUGUUGGGUACUUCUAUAUAUUUUAUAUGACCUUAAUGUCAGUGUCUGUGUUUUGUACCUUCAGCCCCUGUUGCUAUUCUGUGUAUUCUCUGUAGGCAAAGAAUGUAUUUUAUUUUACUCUGUUUGACAGAACACAUUUCAAAAAAAGAGUUUUAGAGUGAAUAGUAAAGAAGUUGAUGUGAUUACAGACAAAAGAAAAAAUUCACAGAACUGAGGAGGGGGAAUAUGAGAAAAAAUCUUCAUAGUUUAGUGCUUAUCAAAUCAGAAGAGGAAGUUAGUAGAUGCAAUAAGAGAGACAAGUUAGCCCGGCCUGUGUGGUUCAGUUGGUUGAGCGUCCCAUGCACCAAGAGAUCACCGGUUCAAUUCCUGGUCAGGGCACUUGCUCAGGUUGUGGGCUCAAUCACCAGUAGGGUGCAUGCAGGAGACAACUGAUUGAUGUAUCUCUCAUCAAUGUUUAUCUCCCUCUCCCUUCUCUGAAAUCAAUUUAAAAAAAAAACAUAAAAAUAAAAAAGAGAGACAGGUUAAUGGGGCACUAAAAUGAAAUAAUUCCUAUAAACAUGCAGCUUCCUGAGAGUUUUCCAAGCCAGAAAGUUGACCUCUUAGCUGGCAGGUCACCGUUUUAAGCAAAGAGAAUGGUUUCUCUGAGCUUGUCGGGGAAUAAGAGGGUCUUCUCCAUGAAAUAAGAGUAGGGAGAGUAUUAGAAAGGCCAGUUGACUGGGUUCUAUAAACCAUAGCCCUGCUUCCCCACUAACUUAAAUGUUUAUGCUUAGAUUUGGGGUAGGAAAACACCAAGAUGGGCUCUUGCCUAGAAAAUAGUGACAGAUGCACCCAGUUCCUGGCAUUGCAGGAAGUUUUUCUGAUAAGCAUUUUUGCGGUGUUCCUAUUGGCUGUACUGUACCUUUCCUGCUCCUGCUUACUUUCCCUGGUUUAUGAUGAUAAGAGAGAGGGCUUGUGAAGAUUUAUAGCUGUGAAAGAACUUUUUCCUAAUUUUUAUCCUAGACCUGAUCACCUUUUAUUCCAGAGUUUGAUCUUGCUGAUGUACUCAUCUAAAGCUAGCUAACCAGGUUCACUCAUCCUACCGUCCUCGUGGAAGAUUCGUUGUGUGAGUUGGAGUAGCUAUUAAAAUGUAGUCAAACAGUGACAGCAAUACUUGCCAGAGGAGCCAUAUUUUUGUGUGUCCCACUCUGAGCAACUUCUCAAAAAAUGGGCUGGGGCUCCCCAUCUGAGAAACCUAGUGAAGGUCUGCAGGUUGCAAAGUGAAAUGUGGAAUCAGAAAUAGAAAUGAGUGGUAUAAAUAGAUCUUUCAUAAAAGUAGAUUUCUUUCAGCUACUACUGGAGAAUUUAAUAAGCAUUUGAAAAGUUUUCUUAACAGAUUUAGGUUUCAUUUUUAGAAUGGAUACAUUUAAAAGCAGUUAUUUUGCUAUUCAAAUUAAUUUUUUAUUAUACAUGAAAAUGAAAUUGUUUUACUUUUCAAAGCUUUGUGAAACAAACUUGAAGUUAUAGGGAGGUAAGCCAUCUCCAACUCUGCAGGUCAAACAAAAGUUUGGGGAGUACUUUGAAUAUCUCAUAAUAUAGACUGUCUUAACAUGAGAACUUCGUUUCAUAUUAUCUGGUUCUAUUUCCUAGUGGACACCACAAACCUCAUGUUUUUCUCUUAUCCUAAAACAGUGGAAGGUAAAGAGUGGGUACUAACUUGACUUCUAAACAGUGGUCCGCUGUUAUUUUAACAAUUUUUUUUAAUCUCUUAAGAUUCUCACCAUUUACUAAAUUAUGACUCACUUCAAAUUACAUAGUAAUCAGCAAAGUUAAUUGGUCUUAAAAUUGUAUUUCCUCCCUUCAGCAAGCACUCAUUAAGCAGUGAGAAUGAGUAUUUUAAGAUACAAAGAAUGAGAUCGGUGAGUGAUUUAAAGGUGGUUUUGAAACUUGGAUUUCAUUGCAGUUUCAGAUUUAGGGGUUAAGUUCCUUUGAUCCAGGGAAGGGACUAUGCAGCUGCUAUCAUUUAGUUUCCCGACAAGGUCAGGUGUGUUGGGAAGGGUUGUAACAGCCCUGCACUCCUGGCCGAGGAGGAGUAAUGAGGCGUCUGGUGGAGGGAGAAGAGAAUCGUGAGAAUGUGCUGAGGUCAGUGCUUGCCUUCCCCCUCACCUCAGCUAGUUAACAGCUUAUGGUUCUGGUCUGCCCUGGCAAGAACAAAGCAUGUUAGACUGAAAGGUGCUUCUGCAAAUAGCAGAGGUUCUUGGAGAAAGACAAAUAUAUGAGGGGGUGGGGUGGGAGGAAGUGGACUAUGAAUAUGUAGGAAAAUCUUGUUUUAAAAAUAUAACUUUAGGGGUAAGGGAUAGGAUAUGCAAGCAAAAUCAGUUAUUUUAAAAUGAACAUGUAUUUUUAUUAACUUUUAGUUAAAUAUAGAUUAUUACAACCAGCUCAACAUGAUAAGCCCAGGUCUGUGGAGAGAGCUAACUCAGGCAUUCAUUGUCUUGUUGAUCUAUAGACUGGACAGAACAAACCUUUCCUGUUUUGUCGUUCCUGGUUUCUUAACUUAGAAUAAAUUAGACAAAAGGAAGACACUUGUCUUUGUAUACCUGCAAAAUUAAGUUAUUGCUGUUAAAACCUGGCCUUUUCACUAGUCUUUGAAGAGUCCAGAUGCUUGGUAGGUGUUCAGUAAAUUAUUUUUAAAUUGAAUUUGUUCUUUUAAAAUCCUCAACAUCUCUAGAAAGGCUUCUUUCAGUGAAUAAUGGAAAGUGGUUGGGUUUUUUUAAGUUAGGGAACUUCUCCAUUGAAAAUAAUUUAAACAUGAACUUACUGAAGUUUCAAUCAUGUGAAAUGGGAGCAACGUAAACUGUACACACAUUUAUAGCCAAUGGUCCAUUUUGGGAGGCCGGGGGUGUCUGACAAAGAAAUUAGAGUAGUGAGGUUUGGGAAGGAAACGGGAUUUGUAAUAAAUAUUCUCUUCAUGUUGUUUCUCUCCUGGGUCAUGGUAAAACAAUAAAUUAUCAUCUCUAGGUAACAA